UUCCUCUACGCACACGGUCUGGCAGCGCCUACGAAACGAAGAAAGUUCAGCUCAGGCGAAAUCGCGGUGGCGUAAUUUCUACGUACAUAUCGCGGUCGUGGCAAUUUCCCCGCGUGUUCUCUCUCUCUCUCUCUCUCUCUCUCAUAUGCGGCCAGAAAGACCAGAGACAAAAUUGCUUCCAAUAGCGACAGGCGUUUAACGAAACACAGGGCAUCAAUGGAGGUGGAGCAUUCUGUACCCCAAUUCCCACCAAAAGACCAAAGACCAGACGCCCUCGGCGACCUCACCGUAAUUCCAGAUGAAAUCAUAUGUGCUAUAUUGGUGUCUCUCACCCCCCGCGACGUCGCUCGCCUUUCUUGCGUUAGCAGUGUGAUGUACAUCCUAUGCAAUGAGGAACCACUUUGGAUGAGUCUAUGCCUUAACAAUUUAAAUGGCCAACUUCAGUACAAAGGCUCCUGGAAAAAAACUGCAUUGAAUCAUCUAUGUGUGCCAAAUAAAUAUGAAGAAACUUGCAGAAAACCAAUGCACUUUGAUGGAUUCAACUCUUUAUUUCUGCUUAGAAGACAUUACCGCUGUUAUACCACAUUGGCUGGAUUCUCUUUUGAUGCUGGAAAUGUGGAAAGAAAGGAGGACCUCUCAUUAGAAGACUUCCGUCAAGAGUUUGAUGCAAAGAAACCGGUUUUGAUUUCGGGUCUGACUGAUACUUGGCCUGCAAGGCAAACAUGGACAAUUGACCAGCUAUUGCUGAACUAUGGAGAUACAGCAUUUAAGAUCUCUCAGAGGAGUAGUCAGAAAAUUUCCAUGAAAUUUAACGAUUAUGUCUCAUACAUGGAAAUUCAGCAUGAUGAGGAUCCCCUCUAUAUAUUUGACGACAAGUUUGGUGAAGUGGCUCCGGGCUUGUUGAAGGAUUACAGUGUGCCUCAUCUAUUCCAAGAAGACUAUUUUGAUGUACUUGAUAGAGAGACGCGACCUGCUUUUAGGUGGCUCAUUAUUGGGCCAGAGAGGUCUGGGGCCUCUUGGCACGUCGAUCCAGCUCUUACUAGUGCCUGGAAUACUCUUCUGUGUGGCCGUAAAAGGUGGGCAUUGUAUCCCCCAGGAAGAGUGCCUGCAGGUGUAACCGUCCAUGUAAAUGAAGAAGAUGGUGAUGUUAAUAUUGAGACUCCGUCGUCAUUGCAGUGGUGGCUUGAUUUUUAUCCACUUCUAGCUGAUGAAGACAAACCAAUAGAGUGUACCCAACUACCUGGGGAGACAAUUUUUGUGCCAAGUGGCUGGUGGCACUGUGUUUUAAAUCUGGAAACCACUGUUGCUGUCACGCAGAAUUUUGCAAAUUCCGCAAACUUUGAAUUUGUUUGUCUGGAUAUGGCUCCUGGUUAUCAACAUAAAGGAGUUUGCCGUGCUGGAUUGCUUGCUUUCAAUGAAAGCAGCUUAGAGGAAGCUGAAGAGAUGACAUUGUCUGCUGAAAAUAGUUUGAACAACUUAGACCUGACUAGGAAAGAGAAAAGGAUCAAAUUUGGUGAGCCAGUUGAGGAGCCAAUUUACGACAUUGCUGCAAAUCAGACCUCCAGAAAACACAAGCUCCAUGAUCUCAAAUUUCGUUAUGAUAUUAGUUUUUUAGAGAUGUUUUUGGACAAAGGUAGGGACCACUACAAUUCUCUUUGGAGUUCAAGCAACUGCAUGGGACCACGUGAAAUGAGAGAAUGGUUAUGGAAGCUUUGGAUUGGAAAACCAGGAAUGAGAGAUCUAACAUGGAAGGGAGCUUGCCUUGCACUGAAUGCUAGUAAAUGGUAUGGAUGCGUCAGAGAAAUUUGCACCUUCCACAAGUUGCCUUUCCCCACAGAGGAUGAGAGACUUCCGGUUGGCAUGGGUAGCAAUCCUGUUUAUCUCAUUGCUGACCACGUGAUUAAACUCUAUGUUGAAAGAGGGCUGGAAGCUUCUCUUCAUGCUUUAGGCUCUGAGCUGGAGUUUUACAGUCUACUGUGCAAGGUUGACUCCCCUCUAAAAAAUCACAUCCCUGGUGUUUUGGCAAGCGGAAUUCUUUUCAUCGACAAUGGGUCAUAUAAAAUUGAGUCGUGGGAUGGAAAAGGAGUUCCUGAAGUGAUUACUAGCUGUAAUUUCAUUUCGGAAAAUUGUUUGGAAGUUGAUUUUCCGCUCGGUAUGUGCUCCAAACAACAUUUUGACUUGGGAAAAGCUGGGAUGUCAAUAAGUGAAUCCAUUGGUUCUGGCAAAAGCUCAAUCAUAUGGCCUUAUAUUGUGACAAAAAGAUGCAAAGGAAAAACAUUUGCAGAGUUAAGAGAGACUCUCUCAUUGCGAGAUAAUCUUAACUUAGCUUCCUUUCUGGGCGAGCAACUGCGCAACCUUCAUCUCUUGCCUUUGCCGUCUUUAAAUGCUACAACAUUUGUGAAUACUGAACAGGAAAUAGAGUACCAUCAAGUUAAUGGUUUGAUGGAGGCUGUCACAGAGAAACUCAGUAUUCCUGUUGAGUGGGAUUUUUUCAUCGAAACUCUAACCAAAAGGAAGAAAGAUGUCUCUAGCCGCUUGACUAAAUGGGGCUAUCCAAUUCCUAGCUUUCUGAUAGAGAACGUGGACGCAUACCUCCCCGAUGAUUUGGCCAAGUUUCUCAAUAUAUCGGAGGAUGGAAAAGUUGGUACACCUUGCUCCUGGAUACACUCUGAUAUUAUGGACGACAAUAUUCACAUGGAACCAUGUUUUGUUAGUUACCACUCAACAGAACAUAGUUCAGAUGCUGAGCUGAUGCAAAAUGGUAAUGUGAACAGCUAUCAUGGCGGUGGAGAGGUGACAUCAUGGCGUCCUAGUCAUAUCCUUGAUUUCAGUGAUUUAUCCAUAGGUGACCGUAUUUGUGAUUUGAUUCCAAUACAUCUGGACGUCUUUAGAGGUGAUUCAAAACUCUUGAAGCAGCUUCUGGAAAGCUAUAGAUUGCCAUUGGCAAGGAGAAUAUCACAGCAUGAACCCGUUGAGGGUGGCAGCAAGUUUGGACGACUCUCAUACAUAGCCAUGUGCUAUUGUAUUUUGCACGAGGAGAAUAUAUUGGGAGCGAUUUUCAGUAUGUGGAUGGACCUGAGGACAGCAAAAUCAUGGGAGGAGGUUGAGGAGACGGUAUGGGGAGAUUUGAAUAAGUACUCAGGUUUUUGUUAAUGAGUAUCUGGGUUUUCUUUUUGUUCUUUUCGUCUCAACCAGUGGAUGUCAAACCCUGCUAACAGAUAAAUUUCUUUGAUCAAUUUGCAACUAAUUAUUGUUACAUCUAACAAGCCCCUAAGAUUCUGGUCAUUCCUUUUUUUGUCUUCAAUACGAACAAUUGUCCUUUGGUAUUCUUUCGGAUGCUCUACAAUAAACUCUAUUUAUUUUUGUUCA